UUCAUCUCAUCAGCUCAUCACAAUGUCGAAGAAAAGAAAGAGAGAGCCUGAGCCUGAGCUCGUGCAAAUCUACAACGAUCUGGCCGAUUAUGACGAGACGAUCCGCCACGCGGCCGCCCGCACGUUGGUCACUAAGAUUUUCAAGCCAGGAGUGACUAGCGAUGAUCAGACGAGGACCAUCCUGACACGCCUGUUCCGUGGGACAUGCAGUGGGCGCAAGGCUGCCCGACUUGGCUUUUCCAUUGCAUUGACCGAGCUCCUCUAUCAGCUGAUACCAAGUGAUGCAUGGCCUGCUGCCACAAUCGUCGACAUGCUGGAGACUCUGACUGUGCCUGAAAGUGGAACAACCGCCGACGACGAGCGAAACCAUUGUUUUGGAAGACUCUUCAGCGCAUCUGCGGUGCUUCGAUCCGACAUUCUCUUCACAAAAUCCGAGCCUCUUCAAUGGAGACGAGUAUUGGAGCUGAUCUGUGAUUUGGCAAUCCAGAAACCGUGGCUGAGACAGCAAUGUGGCUGGGUCCUUGUGGACCGUCUCAAUUCCGUCGCCACGAAGGCUGCCACGAAGGCUGCCACGAAGACUCUGGAAGAGUUUGCUAUUAAUGCCGUGGAGGUUCUGGAUGCAAAGAAGAUAGUCCGAUCGCCGGAAGGUUUAGCACUUUGGUUGACUAUCACAACACAUUUCCCUCGUGCGAAAUUGCUAAACUCUGUCUGGAAGUAUGGAGAUCCCUUAGCCAUGAAGAAUGCCAAACUUCUUGCCGACGUUCUUAAAGACGCACGAACUCUGCCUCAAGACGACUCAGAUACUGAGGCUCAGGGAUCUGCAAGAUGGUCGCAGCAGCUGCAUUUCGCCUGGGAUGUUGUUUUGUCUCAACUAUCUCGAGAACAUACGACGUCACCCAAUGAUAGCAAGAAUGGAACCGACAAGUCUUCAAAGCACGAACGGAUCACGUUCGAGAUCUUCUGGCAAAAGGUCGUGGAUGAAAGUCUAUUUUCGCCCACCAGUAGUCACGAGCGAAAAUAUUGGGGCUUCGCAGUGUGGGAAAAGGUCUUCACCAUGGAACCGCAACGUUUCUUGCGGUUUACGUUCACACCCCGGGCGACAUCAUGCCUGGCGAACUCACUCAAGGUUCCUAAACACCUUCUCAGGAAACGUGCUUUGAAAACGUCUGAAAAUUUCCACACUCGUCUUAAUCAAGAAGAAGCGGUUUCGCUUUCUGAGCCAAGCUUGACGGAGACCUGCAUCAAGGCAUUACUGCGCAGUGUUGAUUAUGGCAAUUUUGACCAGCUCACGAAAACAAAUACCAUGGAGAGCCUUUUCGAUUCGGCUCAUAAUCACGUGCUCAAAAUCGCUGCAGACGUCCUGAUGUCCAUCGCUGCUGAGAAUGUGUCAGACGAGGAAGAAAAGCAAGUCAUGAAGAGGCAGAAAACCGUCAUAGAUCUACAGUCUCAAAUCGUUCGGUCAGUGUUUAACAAUGCACAGCAGACAGAAGGUUCCGACGAACAACGGGGAGAUGUACAGAUCGCUUGUGAUAUCAUGGAUAUAUGGUUAUUGGAGAGCUCUUCACUGCCGGCACCCAAGUCUUAUGCCCCCGAGCUUCUCGAGGCAAGUCGAGAACACAUGAAAGACCGUUUGGGUCUAGCAUUUGAACAUACACUGAAGCUUGAGGCUCUAGGAUGUAGGAUUCUGAUGGAUACAAUGCUACGGUUGAAGCCUGUGGGCACCCAUCAACAAUCCGUGUCAUCACGGUUCGAAGAAAGUGUGUACGUACUUGUACAGCAAGCCUGGAAGCGACUCAGCGAUCUGUCUGGCGCUUUGGAAAGAUUACCACAACCAUUUCCAACUGACAAAGUCCCCACGCAGAGCUAUCCGACGUUCUCGCACGGCCUUUCCUUACUUUAUUGUCUUCUUCUUUUCCAGAUCUAUAUCGGCGACACCGAUGCGGUGGAGCUUUUGCAGGAUGUUCUCGAAUACCAGCAACAUUGGGAAGCAAGGAAACCAAAGGGCUCAAGCGACCGAACUGCACACAAUCCAGCCGAUGCAAUGGUGGAGAUUAUUCUCAGCUUCGCUUCGAGGCCAUCGAAGUUUUUGAGGAGCAUUACCGUUCGAAUUUUCGAGGCUUUCGCACCCUUCGUCACUGGUGAUGGUUUGGAAUCCUUAUGGCGUGUUCUGGAAGCAAAGGAAAACACACAAGGCCAGCAAGCUAUGUUCCAGGAAGGAGGUCUCGACAUGGAGGACAGUGAAGACGCUAGCGUAGACUCGGACGUUGAAGUGGAAUCUCUCCCUGAUGCCGAAGGACUCGCCUCUGGCGAACAUGAAUCGAUCUCGUCAUCAGAAGGAUCCUCGCAGCUAGAACACUCAGGCGAUGAAGAGGACGAGGAACUUGCGGCGUUUGAUGCAGCUCUUGCCUCGGCUCUGGGCACUCGACCCUUCGAUCAAAACGGCAUGGCAGAUGCAUCUAUAUCCGACUCUUCCUCCGAUAUAGAUAUGGAUGACGACGAGAUGUUGGAGCUCGACACAAAACUUGCCGAAGUUUUCCGAUUGCGGAACGCGCAACACUCACGAAACAAGAAAAAGGAAACCAAGCAAGCCAAAGAAAAUGUGGUCAACUUCAAGAAUCGUGUGCUUGAUUUAAUCGAAUCAUAUCUGGAUCAUCAACGACAGAAUCCCCUGGCACUUCAUCUGAUUGUGCCCUUGCUUGAACUUGCAAGAACUACUCGGACGCAGCAGCUUGCACAUCGCGGGUGCGAGAUCUUGCAGAAGUUCUAUAACCGCCGCAAGGGAUUGAAUAUGACUUUUGUGGAUGGCGGAUUUUCGAACGACGAUGCUAUUCAGGUUCUACAGUCUAUCCACGACGAGGCAUGCACGAAGGCUUCAAAUGCGCAUCUCAAAGCUGCAAGCCAAGCCAGUAUAUUACUUCUCACUGUUUUGGUCAACGCGGACCCUAGCAAUAUUGGCGCUAUCGUCGAGAUUUACGCUACAACACGGCUGAGACAAUUGACCGAGAAGCAGUGUCAGAUUCCGUCGAGCUUCUUCACCGAAUGGAACAACUGGUGCCAAACUGCACGUGAGAAAUUGGCGGCAUGAGAAGUGCGGGCGGGAGUCAGUGCUGUUAGGGAGGGAACCGUCUCAAAGGAAGGAGAAGUGCCGGCAUGGUGCUCACAGUGUUGACCAGGUUGUAGUGCCACUAGUCUGUCAAAGACACUGUGCCCUCCUUCGAGGUCGUCUUUGGCGACCCUCUAUCCGUCCAAAAGUCAACAACCUUGUUGAGCUUGCAACACGAGAUUGGCCCAGGUCUUUCCGCGCAGGCCUUCUGUUCGACUGGCACAAAGUAUGCCGUCAAGAAGAUUACGCAGCCUUUUCCAUGUUCAUUGGUCGAAUUCUCGAUCAGGGCCCUUGCCUACACCGAAUCUGGGUUGUGCAACAUGCUCAGCUCAUAUAUUAUAUGACUGACGUUCAUAUCUCAGAUCACAAACGAAGUUUGGUGUCAAUCGAUCAAUUAUGGUUCUAGACAUGAGUCUAUCUCAAAUUGAUAU